GUCAACAGCCACGCGGGUCUUGCGCACACGAGUAGCUGGACAUUCACUAUAAGGCUUCAUCUUCUUUGUUUUUGAAAAAGUAACACUUGAAAUGUCUAAAGAACUGCUUCAAGUUGUCAAUAUAGAAGAGGUCUGUGAACCUAUGCUUGGCGGGAACGAGAAAGGACAAACGAUAAAAUACGUGUUUCAUACGGUUCAGAAGGAAGAAAAGAAGGAUGAAUCUGACAGUGUGGCGACGGCGGAUACAGUCGACAGCAGCGAGGACGUCAAGAGCGACGAGGCGGAUAGAGGCGCCUGGGGCGGAAAGCUCGAGUUCAUCUUCACCUGUAUUGGCUAUGCUGUAGGACUGGGCAACGUCUGGCGAUUCCCCUACCUCUGCUACAAGAACGGCGGAGGUGCGUUCCUCAUCCCUUACGUCAUAAUGCUUGCCGCGGUGGGUCUGCCCCUCUUCUACAUGGAGCUGGCGUUCGGACAGUUUGCCAGCCUCGGGCCAAUAUCUAUCUGGAGAAUCAACCCUCUACUGAAAGGACUUGGGUACAGCAUGGUGAUCGUAUCUUGGCUAAUCAGCUUGUAUUACAACGUCAUUAUUGCGCAUACGCUCUUCUACCUUGGCGCAUCCAUGACACCUGUGUUGCCAUGGACAACGUGUGGAAAUACAUGGAACACCAACAGUUGUCUCUCCCAUAACUUCUCAGACAGUGCCGUUGCACCCCCAUCGCACCCCAGCAACGUGACGUUCAACACUCCCGCGGAGGAAUAUUAUAAAUACUUCGUCCUUGAACAGAAUGACAACAUUGGGGAACUUGGAUCCGUCAACUGGAAACUGGCGCUGUGUCUCCUCGCCGCGUGGGUCAUAGUUGGGGCGUGUUUGAUUCGGGGCAUCCAAUCCCUCGGAAAGGUGGUUUAUUUCACCGCGGUGUUCCCGUACAUCAUGCUUACCAUCCUUCUCAUCCGGGGCGUGACACUAGAUGGCGCUCUGGAUGGCAUUAUCUACUAUCUGAAACCUGACUUCUCCAGGCUCGGCGACCCUCGGGUGUGGAGCGACGCCGCCACGCAGAUCUUUUACUCUCUGAGUACCUGUACAGGUGGGCUAAUUACCAUGUCCAGCUUCAACAAGUUCAGGAACAACUGCUACAAGGACUCUCUCAUCGUCGCCCUCAUCAACUGCGCCACCAGCAUCUUCGCCGGCUUGGUCAUCUUCUCCAUCCUGGGCUUCAUGGCUAAGGAGAAGGGUGUCUCCGUCGCGGAUGUCGCCGAUGGAGGUCCCGGUCUGGCGUUCGUUGUGUACCCUGAAGCUAUUUCCCGGAUGCCAGUCUCACCUCUGUGGGCCGUCUUCUUCUUCCUCAUGAUGGCAACUCUCGGAUUCGGAUCCCAGUUCUCAAUGGUCGAGUGCGUGAUGAGUGCAUUCAUUGACGAGUUCCGCUCCUCCCUGCCCGGCAAGCUGGCGUCAACGUUGUUCAGAGUCGGCAUCGUCGUUGUCGGUUUCCUCCUCGGGCUCCCCAUGGUGUGCAAGGGGGGUAUUUACCUAUUGAACCUGGUCGACUACAGUGUGGGCGGCUUCCCCCUCCUCGUCGUCGGCCUCAUCGAGAUUGUCGCCCUCAACUGGAUCUACAAAUUCGAGCGGUUCUCGGAAGACAUUGAGAUGAUGCUGGGGAAGAAACCAAACCUGUACUGGCAGAUCUGUUGGAAGUUUGUCUCGCCGAUUGUGAUCGGCGCCACCAUCAUCUUCAACAUUGUGCUGUACAAGAACCCCAGCUAUGAGACCGCCCCGUACCCCGUGACCAUGUUGGCCGCCGGCUGGAUGAUCGUCAUGUUCCCCAUCGUCACCGUCCCCAUCUACUUCAUGUACAAGUACUGUGUUGAAGGCGGCUUCUCGCUACUGGUGUACAACAUGUCCCCGAUCCCCCAGUGGGGUCCCUGUAAGCUGGAGGACCGUAUGAAACACAGCAGGUACGCCCCGUCAGAGGUCAAGGUCGACGACAUCCAGAAGACACGCCCCACCUUCCUCUUCGGUAGCAACGCCUCCACCAUGACGGCUGACACGAGGCUCUCGCCGGUGUCCUCCGUCCUCAACAGCAGGGUGUCACUCAGUCCCAGCAUCGCCAAUGUUUGAGGACGGACCGAACAGAAGCAGACGACAAUCAAUGCAAUGUCAGAAAUGGCGGGAAGAAUUAAAGGAGCUUUAAUGAAAGUGAAAAUGGCAGUAUACGCCCGAAACUGUUGUCAUGGCACCAGUGAGAGGACGAGUGAAGAUGGCGCGAUGCACGGUGGGCACAUAGUGGUGCUAGCAGGCUGAUCCAUCAAGAGGCCUAGACAGUUCCAGAACAUCCAGUUGUAAUAGAUUCACUCUUCAGACAGUCUGCCUUAGAUUCAGACACGCGAAGAAAGUCUGAAAUAGGCUCUGAUUGUGACUGUGAUAGAUUUUCACGAUCUGUGAUAGUAUCAGACACACGUCAGGCAGUAUGUGAUAGUAUGAGAUUUUACAAUCUAGUCAUUACACUGUCUUGUGACGUCACGCGCAUAGACGGUACACCUAAUAACAUAUCGUUGUGUUGUGUGUCACGUGCGACGAGGAUAUGACUUUUAUAUCCAUGAAACAUCUAACAUAUUCCCGGGACACCAUCCAUCUGUCACCAUAGUUACCAGAGAGAGUUGAGAGGACAUAAUCUGCACUGAACAUGUUUCUUCUAGAAUGGUCAUUUAUAUCGUUAUAUCACACUGUCCAGCUCGACUAUGACCUAUGACCGAGCAUUGGGGUACAUUUAUGUACCAUUUGGAUUUAAAAUUAUAAUAUUCAACAAGAGCAUAACUUUGAAAAAUCGUAUUUUAAAUUCAAUUUUAUUAUAUUUGCAUGUGUAUAUUAUAAGACUCUCUAUUCUUAUUAGACCACACAUAAAGUCUUGUUUCUCAUCACCUGAUAUGAUGGGUAGGUCGAAAUUUAUUUUGGAUUUCGAUUUCUUACCCUAACCUCACAUCUUCUGAAAAAACAAUGCGGAACCGGAUCUUAAAGUAAACACAUUGAAAAAAACAACUUUGUCGGGCCGGUCAGUCAUGAGUAUAAUUAAGUCAAGUAUAAUUGUGUGUGUGGUCUAAUUAAAAAAAAGAGGAUUAGUCAAUAUUCUUUCAAAUGACAAAAAAACCAGAAGCAUUCCAAACCACAGCGAAGGUGCUACCGUGCGCCAUACUGACUGUAUGCUGCGUGCAGAAUGUUACCACUCUAUUAUUUUUAUAGUUUUUAUCCGCCAAACUAUUUAUGAUACACAUAUCUUUGUGUCUGGAACACGGGUGAAUGAUGCGCAUUUUGCAGUUCAAUUCAUAAUGGUAUUAUGUUCCAUCCGAGAAAUUAGUCCAAGGACAUUCCACGAUAAAACCUUGUUGCUGAUUGCUCUACAGAUCCGCUGACUCAUGGAUUCCAAGAUUGUGAUAAACACAUCCUAUUUGACCGUUUUCAAAUUUUAUGAUGUUAACUUUAAUUGUUUCGACUACGGAGAGUGAGACAAAUAGAGAUUCGAGAUUUUAUGGUUGCUAGUCAUUCGUGAUACAGAAAGCUAUACCGAUAAUCUGCACCCUAGUUUACAUACCAUUGUACUGAAGGGUGGUAAGCAUAAAGGUUUAUUAAUAAAGUGUCUUAGAGAGUUGUAAAUAUUUUAUAUCAAAUCUGAGCCUGUAUCGACAGUGUAAAAUGUCAUAAUUUAUCAUUUUUUCUAAAGUUUCCCAACAACGAGUCCACUGAAUUGUCUAUUCUUGUUGUGCAUUAUAAUCAUGCUGCUAUAUUUUUCAAGCACUGCCAGAUUCGCCUAAAUGGGUAAUUUUAAGUAGUGGAACCUGUCGAAACUGGAUUUCUGUCAAUACUGGACCACAUUUACGGUUCCGAAUAUACUCUGAUAAAUAGCAUUUCUUUCAGCCUUGUUAAUUUCCCUUCUCAAUAUCUCCUGCUAUAACCAAAUCAAUCCGGACCACUGUUUAAACCGGACAUGCAUUGUAAUUCCCCAUUUCAAUAUCUCCUGCUGUAACCACGUCAAUCCGGACCACUGUUUAAACCGGACAUGCAUUGUAAUUCCCCAUUUCAAUAUCUCCUGCUGUAACCACAUCAAUCCGGACCACUGUUUAAACCGGACAUGCAUUGUUAAUUCCCCAUUUCAAUAUCUCCUGCUGUAACCUCAUCAAUCCGGACCACUGUUUAAACCGGACAUGCAUUGUUAAUUCCCCAUUUCAAUAUUUCCUGCUGUAACCACAUCAAUCCGGACCACUGUUUAAACCGGACAUGCAUUGUUAAUUCCCCAUUUCAAUGUCUCCUGCUAUAACCACAUCAAUCCGGACCACUGUUUAAACCGGACAUGCAUUUGGGUCCCAAAGAAUUCCGUUUUGACAGAUUACACUCUAUAUUCCUACAGGUGAUUCCACCCUUGACAGCGUGGACAUUUUACCGCCAUGUGUUCUAGUUGGCCAAUGUCUUUACUGCCAAUGUUUGUUUUUUGUAUUGAGACAUACUCUUUUGUAAUAAAACUAAUACUGUUA